AUGAGUGUCAUUGAAGAUCUCAGAGGAAAAGUUAAUUUGGGAGAAAAAGAAGUUACAAAUGUAAAUUCGUCGGAUUUUCCUGGGGAGUACAGUGGGUUUGAUGAUGGUUGGAGCCAGUCAAAAUUUGAAAAAGCUUUUAGGAUUGAUGUAGUAAAGAUCGAUGAUCGAGAUAUGGAGUUUGACAUGGUCGGUAUUGAUCCAGCACUUGCUAAUUCAUUUAGAAGAAUUUUAUUGGAAGAGGUGCCAACAAUGGCCAUAGACAGAAUAGAAAUAAGGAACAACACCUCGAUCGUCAGUGAUGAGAUAUUGGCACAUAGGUUAGGGCUUGUUCCCAUCAAAGCAGAUGCCAGAUUAUUUGAAUACAGGCCUAAAGACAGCACAGAAAUGACAGCGACUGACUCCAUAGGCUUCAAACUCCAGGUUAAAUGUCAAAAAAAUUUGAAGGCUUCGAAAGGUACCCUAGAUAAAAACGAACUCUACAAUCAUUUUAAAGUUACUACGAAGGAUUUAAUAUGGUUUCCAGUUGGUGACCAGACAUACACUGAUGAGAAUGAAAUCCCAAAACCAGCAGAUGAUGAUAUCCUGAUAGCAAAGUUGAAACCUGGACAAGAAAUUGACAUUGUAUGCUACUGCUUUAAAGGAAUUGGAAAGGACCAUGCAAAAUUCUCUCCUGUUGCUACAGCCUUUUAUAGAAACCUACCGGAAAUAAAGUUACUGAGAAAAGUGACGGGCAGAGAUGCUGAGUUAUUGAAAUCGUCAUUCUCAGAGGGAGUUAUAGAGCUGGUUCCAGAUGAAAACGGUGUGAUGGAGGCCCGUGUUGUUGAUAGUAGGAAAGACAUGUUGAGUAGGAAUGCAUUUAGAUACGAAGAGUUGAAAGGAGCCUUUCAAAUUAAUCUCAUCAUCAAACAUUUCAUAUUUUCAGUGGAGUCGACUGGCGUCAUGCCUCCAGAAGUACUCGUCUCUGAAGCCAUCAAAGUUCUCAUGAAGAAAUGCAAACACUUUUUGAAAGAAAUUGAUGAUAUAUAA